AUGUCGUCCCCAUCCUCCUCAUCCCCCAAACCUGAUUCCUCAUUUCCCAACACAGACUCCUCACCCCAACAAGAUCCCACCCAAGCCCCUCUCGAGCAUAUCGUACGCAGCCUGUGCAAGCAGAAACUCAUAGAGGAAGUCGAUAAACUCAAGGAGGCUGUCCAGAAAGACGACCCGCAGAAAGUCAUCAUGGCGAUUCCUAUGCUUCUGGCUCUUACCAUUUGCCCUGCUAUGCUGGGUACGCAGGAGUCGAUUAGGCAGAGUCAGGCAAAAUCGAAGCGUGAGGAGCAUCGUGGUCGACGUUGUAACUUGGUUGUCUCUUGUGUGAAGCCGUCUAUCAGAAGCCGUGAUAUCAACAACAAGUUGGUUGUCUUGAAAGAUUCAAAGCUCUACAUCGCCAAUGAACACCCUCUCUAUAACCACGACCCCAAGAACCUCAUCAGCAAAGGCUAUGCCUUCUCAGGCUACUUCCUCCCCUUCCCAGACGCAGAGUACGAGGGUUUAGUGACAAGCAUCAACGAUGAAAACUUCCUGAACUGGAUCUACGUGGACAAGAAAACCUACGAGGUCAAGUAUGGCGUGCGUGCUGACACAGAAGGCCACAUCACCGGCCCCUUCGACUGCACAAAGCAAGACCGCCGCAUGACCUGCGAAGGCUGGGAGGGCUUCUGCGCUGUAGAAGAACUCCCCGGCGUCUGGGCCCUCUACUACGAUCGUGACGAUGACGGCCUUAGGUCAAAGGUCGCCAUGGGUACUCGCGUGCUUGAGAUCGAGCUCACGAGGCGUGAGAAGAAAGAACCCAAACCUGUACCUGAUCCUGAAGCACCCAAGACUAUGGAUGAGAUGAUGAAGCAGCACAAGGAGCAGACUGCGCGAGAAGAAGCCGAGAGGGCCGAGUUCGUCGCAACGGGUCGUCACCCUGGCGCUGAGCCGCCUUCGCCCGCGCAUAAACCCGAGGAGAAGAAAACCACGUUCCUCGAGCCAGAUUCAAAGGCCGCCAAGCGACAGCGCAUGGCGGAAGCACUCCGGCGUCUCAACCUCAACAGUCCCACCGAGAGUGAGAAUUCCGAGGAGAGUAUCAUGACGAGUCUUAGUCAGGACUUUUCCAUCUUCUCGCUGGCGAAGAAGAUGACGGAGAGUACCAACAAUGAUGACUCGGGUACGGUGGCUAGUUCGGUUCGGGAGUCAGAGAGGGAGAAGGAGAAGAACAAGAACAAGAAGAGUGGUGGCGCGAGUGAGUCUGGGCCGUAUAAGAAGCCUACAGUUGAGGAUGCUACGACUGGCUAG